AUGGCUUCAAGCUUGGGCGAGCACCGAUGGGUCCAUCAAAUGGAGAAGAAGUUCGAAAAAGAGCUCAAGAUUGACAUCAAAUGUGAUUUACCUUGCAUCUCUCGAGUGCCCCAAACCUUACGAGCCGAGAAGCCGGAAGCUUAUGCCCCGAAGCGAAUAGGCCUCGGCCCAUAUCACCAUUUUCGGCCCGAGCUCUAUGAUCAUAUGGAGAUGAGAGAAGCUAAGUGCCGUGAAAAAAAGUUUGUAACAGCGGACCGGAUCGCUCAAUUUCGGCAACUCAUUGUGGGUAACUGUGGAGCUUGA